AUGACUAAAGCUCGACCUCCAAGAUCGCCAACUGUACCCCGUUCCGUAGAGACAAGUUCUUUUGCUUCUUCGGCCCCGGUUUCCGAACCAGCAGUCCCGUCCUAUGGACCCAUUCAGCAGCGACUACCUCCAAUCGAAACAAUAGCAAGACCUUUUGAGAGAAAUCGGUCCUACGAAUUUAGCAGCCUCCAGCAAACACACCACCAAUUCAGAGAUUACAUUGCCCCGAAGCUUCCACACGUUGAUCACUGGAAGACAGCGGUCUAUCCGCAGUCAGCACGGUAUCAUGGCCCCACGAACUUCUCGACAAUUUUUGCCGAGGACGAGAACAAAGAUAGCAACGAGGUACUGAAGAUUGGAGACGGAUUUCGAAAGCAUCCCGGUGCGUGGGUACUGGGACAGCCUCUCCUUGGACGAUAUAGGCCCAACGCCCCUGACGUUCGGAGGAAAGAGGUUGUUAAGGCCCUGUGGAACAUACCUUCUAGGGAGGUUUGUGAAGCAUUGUUGAACAAGUCUAGCGAGAUACACGACCUGGUUAUCAGCCCAGUCAUGGUAAAACACUGUCUUGAAACGUUGUGGACAACAUUUGGAGCCGAGCUUGUCACGCCUCUGUCAGGCGAUAAUUUAGCAGUUAUAGCCGAUGUCUUAUUCAAAAACGAAGAGUGUCCCCUGACAACAUCUUCCGAGGAUGGGUUAGAGUGGCUUGACACAUUCAUGGGCUCUAAUAUUCGACUUGAGAUGAUGGGACUCCUGUUUUGUUUCUUUGGUCGAACCUAUCUGUCCUUGCAAGACUGGGAUCCUUUAUUUGAGGUUGAGGAUAACUGUGGAAGAAACAGAAGAGAGACUGCUUGGAGAAUGACGGAGUGUGCUGAUGUAUGCCGGAAAAUGUGUCAUAUGUCAGAGACUGUCAAUGAGCUUGUUGCGGCCCUCACUUAUCGAAUACUGGUUCUCGAGAGUUCUGUGCUUGGUGAUGAUAGCUAUGCUAUAGGUCACCGUCGUGGGGACAUGGUCACCUCAGCGAUUACGGCAGGCCUUCAUAGGCUGCCGGACCAUACACUGUCCUCGUUUACAACAGCCUCAGAGUACAGGAGAAGAGUAUUCUCCACUAUAUAUUACUUAGACAAAACGGCUGCCUGCAUGGAUGGUACGCCACCGAUGCUUAGUCGCCUCUAUUGCGAUGUGAAACCAUGUCUGGAUCUGUCUGAUGAACAACUCUUCUCACCCCGACAUGAGCUACAUGCUUCAAUAAAUACUCUAAGUAGAGAUGGAUGGAAUACUGACCGACAAAUUCAUAGCGUUAGCGUACAUCGAGCAAUUUGUCAGCUGUCCGCUGUUCGAGAGGAGAUCUUGGAGCUAGCGCUGGGAGUUAACGUCCUGAUAUCCGAAAACCGCAUCGCUGAAAUACAUCGAAGAUCCCAAGAUGUCUUGGACAGCCUCCCAGAGCAGCUGGUCUAUUACGCCGAGAACAAAAUCCCGAAACCUAGCACGGGCCGAGAAAAAUAUUCGCAAGCAAAGAUAAUGCUCGACUUCUUGCAAAACAGGUUUCUUUUGGAACGAGUCGCCAUGGCUCGUGGGAUCCCUAAUACGCAGAGUCUACUAUGUACAGCGAUGGAAUCAUUAGAGAUAACUUUGAUGUUCUGGAUGAUGCGGGAUCAGCUAUCUGGUUAUAUAGGGCUCUUCGACUGGAUUAUCACUUUUUACGGUAUCCCCUGCGCCGGGAUCAUUUGUGUUGAGCUUCUCAAGAAACAGACCACUCCGCAACCGCACAGCGGGUUCUCUCGAUCCGACGCCAUCCAAAAGCUUACCCUCUUCAUUGGCUUCUUGGAAUGGAUUCGACCAACGGAUGGCAAUUAUAGAUUGGCAGGACGCUUGAAGAAAGUGGUGCGAAAUGUUUUAGACCAUGUCUUGGAGCCACAGGUGGAGGAACCUCCCUCGACGGAUAAUACACAAAUGUACGACCCUACACUACUGGAAAUCGACAGCUUGAAUGACAUCGAUUGGCUCAACACCAUUGACUGGACGCAUGGCUCUUGGAUAGGAUUGUGA